AGAUGAUGAGUGGCAGGUCUAAUUUCCUCUUAUAUGGACGGGGAUAUAUAUGAUAAGUGGGGAGAGCAUAUCGACCCCAGGACCCCGGGAGAAAUCAGUCAAGAAGCUCUUAGGCGAGCGGCGGCAGGGCCAUCGGCAACCCCGGCCAUGUUCAGGAUGUGGCAGGAGAAAGGAGAGUUGGCCAUAAAAGUUGAGGAGAUUGUGGGAGAUAGCGAGGAGGUCACUCAGCGACUAAAGGCGGGGACUAUAAGAGAGGAGCCAAUAGUCAUCGAGUCGGACGAGGAGGGGCAGGAAGGCGAGGGAGAGUCGGCCAUACUCCUCCUGGGAAGGAUGGAAGAUCUGCUCGAAAAGGUGGGGAGAUACCAGCGGAAGCUGCAAGCCCUGUGUGAAGAAGCCCGAGAGUGGGAGGCCAACCUGCUUGAGGUCUUCCUUUAUGACUCCGGACAAGAGCCUUCGUCAGGACAACAAGGGUGCCCAAGAGUGGCGACUGUAGGGACGGGCCCUAGGUCAAGUAUGACCUAUAGACCCCCCACGUCGCAUGGAAGGGUGCCGCAGGCGGCUCGGACCAGGAGCCAAAAUAAGGCUGGGCCUAGUCAACAGCCCAGUCAGGCGCCCAGUCAGGCACCCCCCCGAAAGGAGCCGGAGCCUGGACGUAGGAAGGAGGUGGUGGAGGUUCCGGAGGAAGAGGAAGAGGAUGACGAUGAAGAGGAUGAGAGGCUCCGACAAGAGGAGGAUCAGCGGGCGGAGCUGAGGGCCAAAAAGAGGGGGGCCCAGGAGGAGGCCGAGCCAAGCCUGCCCAACAGUGUGCCUAAGAGGAAGAAGUACGCGGUCCGGAUGGAGGAAGGCUUUGAUGUGGAGCGGAUGGUGGACAAACUCCUGGAAGACCAUAAUAACUUGAUGAACCUAAAGGACAUCCUGGCAACGGCGCCAAGGCUUCGUGGUGAGUUGAAGGGACGACUGUCGCGAAGGCUGGUGCCAAAUGUCCAUCUGAGUACGGUACUGCCUAGAGAGGUGGAGUGGACUGAGGCAGGGACAAGGAUGGAUUGGAAAUGCGUGGCGUGCGAGCAGGUGGAUUUGGUGAUAAGGAACCAGAAGUGUACUGGGAUGGUGGACACGGGCGCAGAGAUGAACAUCAUCAGGGAAAAGGAGGCGGUGAUGAUAGGCAUGGAGAUCGACCGCUCGGACCAUGGCAUGCUGCACGGCGCUAACUGCAAGGCCGCUUUUUGCGGCACAGCGUCAAAUGACGACGGAACGAUGAUCCUGCUCCUGUGCGACCCGGCGUGUGGGAAUUAUGAAGUUAUCACCUAUCGGAACACGGGGCCGGGGAGCGGGAGGAAUAGGCCCAAUCUAGGCUCGUUCACCUUUGAGGAAUCAGAGAACGAGUGGAGACGGCUUUGGGAAGUGCUCGAGGAGGAAGAUAGGGCUGAGGUGUUGACAUUGAGCCUCACGGAUGUGAAUAAGGCCAUGGAGGUGGUAUCGACUCACGACAUGGCGGAUCCGGAGGCCAUUAAGGCAUUGAGGGAACAGGUUUUGGAGAACCCUCAGCGGGAGCGAGGGUUGAUACGGCGUAUGCGGGAGCACGCGUUGGCCGGGCCGUGUCGUAUCAACGACGAAAAUGAGGGGAAGCUGAUAAUUGGGGAGCCCGAUUUUCUGUCGCCCCAGGAGAGAGCGUUGAUGGUAGGGCUGAUGAAGAAAAGGCACCGCGCGUAUGCAUUCAACGACGACGAGCGUGGGAGGCUGGAUGUGGACAAGAUCCCGAUAAUCAGGAUCCACACGGUCCCACAUGAGCCAUGGAAUCUAAAGGGCGCGCGGUACCCCAAUCCGGACGAGGAAAAGAUGGCGGUGGACUACCUGGACGGCAAGAUGCGGACGCACGUGGCCGAUUAUUCCAGUGGGCCGUACGCGUCGCUUUGGUUUUAUUUUAUUAAUCCAAAUGUGACGCUAAGGUGGGUGCAGGACUUGCAACGGCUAAAUGAGGUGACAGUGCGGGACGCGGGAGGAUUGCCGAACGCGAACGCAUUGUCAGAAUCGUGCGCAGGGAUGCCUAUAAUCUCGCUUAUAGACCUCUAUUCGGGGUAUGACCAAUUCCCCGUAUACCCGCCAGACAGGCCCAUAACGGCAAUGCACACUCCCAGAGGGCUGAUUCAUAUGAACGUGGCGCCCCAAGGUUGGACGAAUGCAGUGGCGAUGGUGCAAAGGCAUAUGAUCAGAGUCAUGCAGACGGUCAGCCCACAUAUCACUCAGCCGUAUAUUGAUGAUCUGGCGGUCAAAGGUCCGAAGGAGAAGGAGGAAAACGAAGUGAUGCCCGGUGUGCGGCGCUUUGUCUGGAAGCAUGUCCAAGACAUCGAUCAGGUUCUGGGGUUUUUGGAGGAACAUAACCUGACAGCGAGCGGCCCCAAGUCGAAACAUUGUAUGAGGGGGGCCACGAUUCUAGGCUUUGUCUGUAAUGAGAGUGGGCGAAGGCCUGAUGUAAAGAAGACAGACAAGAUUCUUGAGUGGCCGGUGCCCUUCCGCUCGAUAACAGAUGUGAGGAGCUUCCUUGGGACGUGCGGAUUUCGGAGGAGCUUCGUGAAGGACUUUGCCACGAAGACGGAGCAUUUAAGGAAGUUGGUACGCCAGGAUCAAGAAUGGGUUUGGGGCGAAGACCGGGAAGAGGCGGUCGGUAGGAUGAAGGGAGAGUUUAAGGAAGGAGGCUUGGUAUUGGGAGCGCCAAACUAUGAGGCCACGGAGGAAAGACCAUUCGUCAUUGAGACGGAUGCUGGGCCAACUGCCUUGGGAGGAAUCCUGAUUCAGGCAGAUAAUGAGGAGAAGGAGAGGCCGCUAAGAUUCGAGAGUCGUACCCUCAAUACAACUGAGAGGAACUACUCUCAGUUCAAGAAGGAGACACUGGCGGUACUUCAUUGCCUAAGGACCUUUCGGAACUAUGUUUUUGGCAGGAGGCUCAUCUUGAGGGUGGACCCUACUGCACUGGCAUGUUCCCUGAAGAAUUAUACUCCAUCUGACCCAACCGUCGCAAGAUGGUUGACCUACAUUUGGAUGUUUUAUUUCGAGCUGGAAAGGAUCCCAGGGAACAAGAACAAGGCAGAUGGGUUAAGCCGCAUCUACUGGGACGGAUCGGACAAGGAAUCGAUAGAAGACACGCCGCCAGUUGAUGGGUUUUUGGAUCAAGAGAAGGACGUCCGCCUGCACAUAAACGAGUGGUCCCUGCGAGUGCCCAGUUGCGUCAGUCACCCCAUAUGGCUGGCACCAAAGGGGUACGAGCAGAAGGAAGAGUUAGUCCUCAAGCCCUUUCAGGAGGAGGAUCCGUGGGGAAGUAAGGAUGUUGGUUGGAUGAUGAAGUUGGCGUUGGCAGGUACGCACAGUCUGGUGGAGGAAGUGAGGACAAUAGAGGAAGGCCCCACUCAGGUAGAGGAGCAUGAGCAGCUAAUGGGAGGGAUGUACCUGCUCACCAAUACGCUCCUGCAGGGAGACUUCGACCGGAAGGGCUCGUUUUGUCACGAGGAGAAUGAGAUUCUGGUUCCUGAAAGCCGAGACGACGAAUUCGAGGAAGGAGAAAUCAAGGAGGCGUUUCGGGCGGAGGAGUACGAUGGGAUCUACCGGGAAUUGGGGUUGCUCCUAUCAUGUGAGAUGAGGGAUAGAGAUGCAAGUGCCAAGGCACAGAAGAUGAGGCACCUCUAUGUGAUGUUGAGGGCUUCGCCAAUGGGACCGGAUGGAUUGCCUAUUCGAUUGGAGGAAGGCAAUGCGGAGGAGUUCAUCCUGGCCUAUGAGCAGUAUAUGCGCGACCAGGGGACUGGGCAGGAGGAGUGGAUGCAGAUGCUGCCCCUCUGGACGUGGAGGGCGGAGAGGUCAUUGGCGAGGCAGAUCCGGGACAGGGCACGCGACUGGGAGGACUGCCAGACCCAGUUGAGACAGGCAUUUCGACGAUUGGAGCCCGAGAGACCAGAGCCCAGGGUGGAGAGACAACAGAGGAAGGCCGCCCAGGCGAUGGAGCCAGUUCAGGCCGCGGGGCCAGCUCGGGCGGUGGAGCUACCCCCUACUUAUGGACUCGAGCAGGUGGAGUUUCGCCGAAUCACGGGCAGUGAUCUACGGGGCCCGUCGCCGACGAUACCAGAGGGGGGAGAGGCGGUGUCAUUGAGGACGCCGCUCGACAGGUUGGAGGCUCAUCUCGAUGCGUCCCAGUGGGGGGCGUCACAGCUGGGAGCGGACCACAGCGGACCGGCACGGUAUGAGCUAAUAGAGGAUGAGCCAGAGGAGGAGCCACCUGAGCCGGGGCCUAAGGCGAGGUCUCGCGAACCCGAGGAGCUGCAGACUGAGGGGGUUAUCACUGUUGGGGAUGAUACCCCUCCUCCUACCCCGAUUCCAGAACAGGCGCGACAGUAUUGGCUUGAAGGAAUUCUUGAGCCGGACAGCGAGGAGAUGUUGGGACCCCCACCGGAAGCUACUACGCCACCCCCGACACAGGUGGAGCCAGAGGGGGGCGAGAGGGCGAGGACACCUACUACUGUGGCACCGCAACUAACUGAGUCUACAGGUGCACGCAUGGAUGUGGAGGUGCCGGCAUCCGAGGAGCCUCCGUCAGGGCCGCCACCCGCAGAGGAGGGGACAAGUGAGAGAGAUCCACUGCGAGAGGGUCACGAGGCGAGGACAGGGAAGCCACCGGGGGAGACGAAAGAAGAGAAGUGCGCGAGGGUGCAGGUACACCUCGAAGAGCUAUACCAGGAAAAGCUUAGGAUGGAGGCCGCAGGAGAAGCGCCAAAGCCGCCAAUUGACCCUCCGACGAGCGAGCAGAGGAUUAGUGAGGCUUGGGCUAGCUAUGAGAGCGAGAGGGAUGCGGCUCGCCUGAGGUCGCGAGAGGUAGGACAGGGGAGUGCAAGAUUGGACGAGGCACGAGAGACAGAGGACUUGGGAUUUUCAGCCGCCAGGAUGGAGAUUGAGCGUGCAGAUAGGAGGAUAGGUGAGGUGGCGGUCUCGUCCUUCCAACGGUACUCCAUGCUCAGCGAUGAGUUGGCGGCCUCGAGGUUAGAGGUGGGACAGUUGUCCACCCAAUUGGCAGAAGAGAUGGCAGAGAAUCAAGCAUGGAGGUCCCGUAUAGAAGUUAAGGAAGCGGAAUGGGAGAAGAGGCUCCAGGACAUGGCGGCGAUGGUGGAGAGGCUCUCGGCCACUAAGGUGGUCGACUGGACGGAGCAAAGCCGGUAUAGUAUCCAGGGGGAGGAGGUACAGGGGCUCUUUGGCCAGGAAGGGACGACAGAGCCACCUCAGCAAGGAGGGAUGGGGAAGGUAUUUCUGGACCCAAUAGAGGCGGCAGCACGGCGGGAGGCCGAGGAGGGGAGGUUCAGCUUCAGGACGCCCACGGAGUUGGCCUCGCAACAGGCCACCCCUAUGAUGAUUGAGAUCCCUGAGGGCGAGCCGGCGCAGGGACCCCAACCUCCAAAGGGUGCCCUUACGGGAGCAGCAGCAUCCACUGAGCCGGAGGCAAUGGGGGGAGAGGCGUCUCGACUGGAUGAGUUAGUGGCAGUUAUGGAGUUGGACAUGCCGUCAGGAGAGCCUCAGAGACAGAAGACAUCAGAGCGUGUGCCAGAGAUAGGGGAGCUGAGGACGCAGUUAGGCUCUUGGGCUACUGGAGCUGACUUAGGAGAGCACAUCUCAGAGCAGCAGCAGGAAGUUAUGAGCGAGUCAGUGACUGUCGUGACUCCCCAGCCUUCCGACCUGCAUAGGGACGAGGGGGCGACUGCGAGGGGAGGAGUCCGCGAGGGUAGGCCACUGAGAUUGGACACUCCGGCGUACCGACCCGAGGGAGGUGAGGCGCUAGCAGGGCCGAGUACCCAGAUGAUGGAGGUGGGGCCAGCAGAGUCAUGGAGUAUGCCGCAGAGCCAUGAGAUGAGCAAGGAAACUAGCGAGACGCCGCCGCGGCCUGGGUCCCAGAAGAAGAAGAGGAGGUGUCGAGGGAGAUCAGACGAUCAGUGCUUCUUCCGCAAGGACGGCGUACAUAGAGCACUUGAAUGCCUGAAGUUCCUUAAGGACAAGGCGGCUGGGAGAGUAACAGAGAGUGGUGGGAGAAUGUACGACAGGCAGGGGCGAGUGGUAGAGCGGGCUCCAGAUGGGGGUAGGGCACAGUUAUAUAGAUAGAACCAGAAGGCUAUGAGUGAGUAGGGACUGGUCCRUCUAUAUSACAGUAGGAUUAGAGMUCCUCUGUACKCARAGGCYGUGAUAG